CGGGUGGGUGGGAAUAAGCGCCGCGACUGCUGCUCCGUGACCUUGGCUCUGUUCUUCACUGGGCGCUGCCGCCAGCCUGGGCGCGUUCACCUUAAAAAUUCAGAUUGAGCUUUCUCGUAAGUGGCUCCCAGAAGAUUCACCCCACCCCACUGUGGGAACACAGCAGUUGUGGAGAUGGAGACAGGAAUGGAACCAGAAUCAGAGUUCAAAUAUACCAGAAAAUGUGGGCUCUAAAUUCUUAUGUAAGUCAGAGGCUGACUGGCCAAGAGCUGUGGGACAUUGAGGACUUCAGCAUUCGCUGUAAACUUUGGCCCAGGUCACUUAUUUCUCUGAAUACUGGAUCCAAAAAGCACAAUGAACACAAGAAUGUGCUAUGGUACCAGGGUGAAUUCCAGACAAGCACGAGAAUUCUGUACACCUGGGGAAGGAGGCACAACUCCUGAGGUGAUUCUGGAAGUGGAACUGAUAGAACUUGGGGAAAGUGAUGAAAUAAUUGACCUCACUUGUGACUCUCUAGAACCUUCAGUGAUUGACCUAACUCACCAUGACUCUAUUGUGAUUACUGAAGAAAGGAGGAGGCCAAGGGGAAAUACAAGGUCACUCCAAGGCCAAACUGGCAGCUGUGUGGUGAGCAGUGAUAAGGAGGGGUUGAUGAGGGACAGAGAUGUAUCUGUAACCAACAGUGCCUACCAUAAUGCCCUGGAAGAAGAAACUUUAAGUUGCACACUACCUGGUUAUAUCUGGUGUCGAAUUUGUAUGGAUGGGUACUUAGAGAUUGAACUGAGUAAACGACAUAUCUACUCUACAGAAUGUGGCCACAUCUUCUGUAGUCAGUGCCUCUGCACUUCCCUUAAAUAUACUAGAAAUUGCCCAGUUUGUUUGAAAAAAAUCAGCUGCCAUCUGUACCACCGCAUCUAUAUGUGAUGUGUGCUGUGUUGCUCAGGACAGACAGACAACAUAGCUAGAUUCUUCCAUGUCCUUGUGCAGAAACUAUGGGUUGUUGGCAUUCAGUGCACUGAGUUAAAAAUGCCUGAUUUUAAAAAUUGCUCUCUGAAGUAUAUAAAAAUUUUUUUUAUUUCCCACACACAAUGAGACUACCUUUUGAUUUGUUUUGUUUCACGCUGCAGGACUGGACUUGGUUGUCAUAGUGUGCCAGAGACUGGUGGUUGUCCUCAAAGCAAAUUUUCCUUUCUUUCUCAUAACAAUCAAUUUUUAAUUGGCCACAUGUGAGCAUUUUGGGUCAUGUAAAUAAGGGCAACAUCCUAGAGAUGAUGGAACAAGAAGAUGGAAGGAGCUUGAGAGACUGACAGCUUUGCAAACCAGAGCCACCUACAAGUUUGGGCUUUUACUUGAGAGAUGAAUAAACUUCAUUCUUGUUUACGCAACUAUUAUACUGAGUCUUGUUUAGAGCAAUGGGAACUUUAUUUUAAUUAAUGGAGCAGGCAGGGUGAUAUCUUCC